AUGACCCAGGUGGGGAGAAGAAUCUGCUCUGCGUUGGCAGUCGCGGUGCACUGGAAAGCUGCCGGAAUAAGCCCGCCCCCGCUCCGGAAGUGAGCGGCUUCUGGCGCGGUGCAUUGUGGGGGGCGUAGUCCUCCUUUCCAGGCGGUCCUUCGCGGCGUUCCCGGGGCCGACUCCGGAGCGCAGGCGGGCGGCUGGGCGGGCGGCGCGGCGCGGGCCGGCGGGAAGCGUAUUCUGGGCACGGGGUGCCGGGCCAGGCCGGCCGCGCAGGGCGGCAGUAGUGGGAGGCCGCUGAAGGCCUCGCGCGGCGCCGCCCGUCGAGGGGCGGGCGGCGGCAGACCGACUGGGCCGUCGAAGGGCUCAGGAGGCCGGUGGGCCGGGCCGGGCCGCGCGGCGCAGCCAUGCCUGGCUUUACGUGCUGCGUGCCGGGCUGCUACAAUAACUCGCACCGGGACAAGGCGCUGCACUUCUACACGUUUCCCAAGGACGCUGAGCUGCGGCGCCUCUGGCUCAAGAACGUGUCCCGUGCUGGCGUCAGUGGGUGCUUCUCCACCUUCCAGCCCACCACGGGCCACCGUCUCUGCAGCGUCCACUUCCAGGGCGGCCGCAAGACCUAUACGGUGCGCGUCCCCACCAUCUUCCCGCUGCGCGGCGUCAACGAGCGCAAAGUAGCACGCAGACCCGCGGGGGCCGCAGCCGCCCGCCGCAGGCAGCAGCAGCAGCAGCAGCAGCAGCAACAACAACAGCAACAGCCCUCGCCGUCCUCCUCUACUGCCCAGAGCGCCCAGCUGCAGCCGAACCUGGUGUCCGCCUCUGCGGCUGUGCUCCUAACCCUUCAGGCCGCUGUAGACAGUAGCCAGCCUCCAGGAUCCGUGCCGCCGGCGCCCACCACUCCCACCGGAGAAGACGUGAAACCCAUCGACCUGACGGUGCAAGUGGAGUUCGCGGCCGCAGAGGGCGCAGCCGCCGCAGCCGCCGCGUCAGAGCUGGAGGCUGCUACGGCAGGGCUGGAGGCCGCCGAAUGCCCUAUGGGCCCCCAGUUGGUGGUGGUGGGGGAAGAGGGCUUCCCUGAUACUGGUUCCGACCACUCGUACUCGUUGUCGUCAGGCACCACGGAGGAGGAGCUCCUGCGCAAGCUGAACGAGCAGCGGGACAUCCUGGCGCUGAUGGAGGUGAAGAUGAAGGAGAUGAAGGGCAGCAUCCGCCACCUGCGUCUCACUGAGGCCAAGCUACGCGAGGAACUCCGCGAGAAGGAUCGGCUGCUGGCCAUGGCUGUCAUUCGCAAGAAGCACGGAAUGUGAAUGGGUGCCCCUGCGGCCUGCGGGACUCCCGGACCCUUGCCAGCCUAGGGAGAUCUCAGGCCGCCACUGUUGAACUGCCCCAUACUCCUGGGGCAUUGGUUGAUAGUACUGAGUCUUAGGGCAGCUGGACUCUUUUGCUGGUGUCCCUCUCCUGUUUCCUCCUGAAGCGAGGUCCUGAAGUCUGGGACCUCAGACUCUGCACUGGUGACACCAGCAAUUAUGACUUUGUCUACCCCCCCAACCUCACCCCCAGUUUAUCUUGCAGGUUCUGGUUAAGCAGAGGCUUAAGAACCACUGAACUUGAAACUUACUCCCUAGGGAUGCAGGUGGGAUGCCCAAGGACUAUGGGUUUGGGAAGACAACACCUUGAGGUUGGCGAGCAAUCAGAGACAACUCUUCCAUAUGUAGUGAUAAGAGAUCCAAGUAACAUCAGUUCUCCUUUUCAUGCUUUUCCUUCCCAGGUGCAGCCUGUGAUUCUGAUGGGGACUGGCAGAUCUAUGUCUCUGCCUCCCAGGACUUCCCUCCCCAGGAGGCCAUCUACAGGGGGAUCUAGGUAACCUGCUGAUGGAGAUCCAGCUUGCCAGGGACUUAGGUUUAUCCUGUUAUGUUUGCUACUGGUUACAAAUUCUAUUUUCUGUACAAUUAGUCAGACUAAAGUUUUCACUGUGUUUGUUUGGCAAAACGAAUUAAACAGAAAGUAAGGUUUUUA